CAUAAACUGCCAAAAAAAUAUUUUCUCUAUGGUCAAUUAAUCCUGCGCUUAUAAUAACACUCAUCAUACUCUUCAUUCAAAUCUUAAGGGGUAAAAUUAAAAAUGGCCUCUUCAAUAUUCUCUCUUCUUUUCCUUACUAUUUUUCUUGUUUCUCUUUCUCACGUUCUUUCAUACUCAUCAAAAAAUUUAUUGGAUUCCCAUGAUCCUAUGAAAACAAUGGCUGAAAAAUUCAUUAGACAACUUAAUUUAUUCCCUAAACAUGACAUAAAUAUUAUUGUUCCUUCAAAAGAUCAAAUAGUUGAUCAACAAAGACUAUUUGAAAAGAAGUUGAUUUUAUCUUAUCUUGGUCAUUCUGGUGCUACUGUUCAAGACUUAGCUCAUCAUGCUGGAUAUUAUCAUCUUCUGCAUACUAAAGCUGCAAGGAUGUUUUAUUUUUUCUUUGAAUCAAGGAAUAACAAGAAUGAUCCAGUAGUGAUGUGGCUAACAGGAGGGCCAGGUUGUAGCAGUGAAUUGGCUUUGUUUUAUGAAAAUGGACCUUUUCGAAUAUCACAUAAUAUGUCUCUUGUCUGGAAUGAAUUUGGCUGGGACAAGAAUCUACAGGUCUCAAAUCUUAUAUAUAUUGAUCAACCAACGGGGACUGGUUUCAGUUAUACUUCUGAUAAUCGCGAUAUUCGUCACAAUGAAGCAGAUAUAAGCAAUGACCUUUAUGACUUCAUACAGGCCUUCUUUAACGCGCAUCCAGAGUAUGUAAAUAAUGAUUUGUACAUUACUGGAGAAUCGUAUGCAGGGCACUAUAUCCCUGCAUUUGCUUCUCGUGUUCACCAAGGAAACAAAAAGAAAGAAGGAAUUCACAUAAACCUUAAGGGAUUUGCCAUCGGAAAUGGAAUGACAAAUCCAGAAAUCCAGUUCAAAUCUUAUACUGACUAUGCUUUGGAUAUGAAAUUGAUCAAUCAAACUGAUUACGACAACAUCAACAAAUUAUAUCCGAAAUGUCAACAGCAAAUUAAUUCUUGUGGAACUGGUGGUGAAGAUGCUUGCUUGUAUGCAUUUCAAGAUUGCACAAACAUCUUCAGCAGUAUAAUGGACAUUGUGGGUGAUAAAAAUUAUUAUGAUAUACGGAAGACUUGCGAAGGUAACCUUUGCUAUGACUUCUCGAGGAUGGAAACUUACCUCAACGACAACCAAGUUAAGCGUGCCCUUGGUGUUGGUGACAUCGAGUUCGUGUCAUGUAGUUCUAUAGUUAAACAGGCGUUGGGUACGGAUAUGAUGAAGAGUUUUGUAGUUGGUAUUCCUCCACUUCUUGAGGAUGGUAUCAAUCUACUCAUUUACGCGGGAGAGUAUGACCUUAUGUGCAACUGGCUUGGGAACUCAAAUUGGGUGCAUGCAAUGGAAUGGUCUGGGAAAAGAGACUUUGGUGCUGCACCAUCCAUUAAUUUUACAGUAGAAGGUGAGGAUAAAGGAGUUCAAAAGAAUCAUGGACCUUUGACAUUCCUCAAAGUUCAUGAUGCAGGUCAUAUGGUUCCAAUGGACCAACCCAAGGCAGCAUUGGCAAUGCUCCAAAGAUGGACACAAGGCAAAUUGUCCAACACUUAAAUGAAAAGAUCAACAAUUCGUUAUUUAUAGGUUGCAUCUAGGGAUCUAGAGGUGAACAAAAUCAAAUCGCAAGCUACUCCUAAUCGAAAAAUCAAACCAAAUCGCAUAAAAAUCGCCCUUAUAUUUGAUUUGAUUUUGCAUUGAGUUCUAAAAAUCCGAACCAAAUCAGCAUAUAAAUAUUAUAUUUUUUAUGCAGGUUUUCAGUAGAAAUAUCUCUAGAAAUAUUUGUGAUUUUUGAUGUAAUAUAUAAUAGGAAUAUGUAGUGGAGUUCAAUGUUAUUUACUUUGAAUAAUGCUUGAUUCUACCGUUUAUUUUCACUUUUUAA